CAUCAUUACCAGUAAACCCCUACCUCCAUCAUCAUGGACGGGCAACGCGCUCGCGACAUUCUUACCUUGUUGCAGGAGCGCGUCGUCUUCCUUACCGGUGGUAGGGAUAGACGUGGUGGUCCGAUCCUAUGCUUUCCGGCAACGCCUCGACGUGAUCGUUUAAAACCAGAUGAUUUAAGGCGUUUACUUAGCUAUUUAAUAAUGAUACCAAGCGAUUCGGCAAAAAAUCUAGGCUUCACUGUCAUCAUUGAUAUGCGCGGCAAUGGCAAUUGUUCAACGAAUGUCAAGGCCAUAUUGAAAGUGUUGCAGGAGCAUUUCAGUGCCAACAUCCACAAUGUGGUCAUCAUAAAACCGGAUAAUUUUUGGCAAAAACAACGUGCCUCCAUUUCGUCGCACAAAUACAAAUUCGAAACGUCGACAAUAUCGAUUGAGGCCCUUAAUAAGAUAGCCGAACCGAGCCAAUUGACGGGUGACUUUGACGGCAAUCAAAUGUACGAUCAUCAACAGUGGACCGAUGCCCGUUUGGCCAUUGAGGAUUUCUUUUGGCAGGCCAGUGAUUUAGCCGAUCGCAUUGACGACCUGCAGGAGGACUUGCAGCGCAAUGAUUUUGCGGAGGAUGUAAAUGGGGCACGACAUGCCCUCGAUCAUCACAAUGAGAUGAAGAAGAAAAUCCUCAAGCUGCCCAUUGAGGAUUUGGAUGUGCAGGGUAAAAAGCUAUUGGCCAAAAUUAAUAUGAGUGGAGGGGGCAGUGGUGGGGCGGGUACCUCCGGUGCCGAAUGUGUUGGCGGCGGUGGUGUCAACGAUUCCGGCCCCUCAUCCCAAUCACAAAAUGCCUCACAACCAUACCGUGUGCCCACCAACAAUCCCGAUAUGUCGGCCGCGAUCAGCAAAGCUUUAAGACAAAUUGACCUCAUCCAUUCGGGCCAGCAGCGUUUGCUCACCCUGUGGCAGCAUAAAAAAGUCAAACUCGAUCAAUGUUUCCAGUGGCGCCUAUUCGAACAGGACUGUGAGAAAAUGUUCGAUUGGAUCUUGCACAAUCGUGAUGUUUUUCAAAUGUCCUAUGUGGAAAUAGGCCAUAAUUAUUCGGUGGCCAAAUCGCUGCAGGAUGAACAUCAAAAAUUUGCUGUGGCCUCAAUGAAUGUUUCGGUGAAUAUAGAUCGCAUAUUGGCGGUAGCCUCGCGCCUAAUUGAAAGUCAACAUUAUGCUGCGCAAAACAUAAAGACCCUAGCCACACGCCUCGAUCGCACCUGGAAAGAUUUUGCCGCUGGACUCGAUGAAAGGACAGCUGUUUUGCAGCUAAGUGUCCUUUUUCAUCACAAAGCUGAACAAUAUUGUAACAGUGUUGCCUCAUGGGCUGCUGCAUGUCAAGCCUCGCAGCCUCUACCCUCAGAUAUACAAAGUUUGGAAACGGCCAUACGUACCCAUCAGUCGCUGUACGAAGCCAUGUGCCAGGCCUACACUGAGGUGCACUCAACCAGUAAAAAAUUACUUUAUCAAUUGGAUCAUUUGGUCCAGGUUUGCAAUCAACCACCCCCGCCUGGGGUACCCGAUCAUCGCAAAAACAGCAGCUACAACAAAUAUGGCCGGCAAAAUCCCGCUGCCGAUUACAGUGAGGGGGCGUCUCACGUGCUCGCCGUCAUCCAUCAAAUUUUAGGCCAUCACCGCUCGCUCGAAUCGAAAUGGCAUCAAGAAAAAAUACGUCUACACCAAACCCUGGCCCUGCGACUAUUCCAAGAGGAUGUCAAACAGGUCUUGGACUGGUUAAAGAAUCACGGUGAGGUGUUUGUACGUAAGAAUACCGGCAUUGGCCGCAACCUACAGAAGGCCCGAGUCUAUCAAAAGUCUCACGAACAUUUCGAAAAUGUUGCCCAGAAUACCUACAGCAAUGCGGAGAAGUUAUUGGCUGCGGCCGAUGAAUUGGCACGCAGUGGUGAGGCCGAUCCCAAUGAGAUAUACUCGGUUGCUCAUGAGCUGGAAAUACAGGUGGCCAGCUUUGCUGAACGUGUGGAGCAAAGACGGCGACGCCUUGACAUGGCUGUAAUUUUUUACACCCAUGAAAAGGAGGUCACCGCCUGGAUAGAUCAGCUAAGAGCCGAUGUUUCCAGCGAUGAGACCAUGUUAUCUCAGGAGAAUCUGGAGGGCAUUGAAAGACUUUUGCAACAAUAUCGCGAGCAACAGGACAACACCCUGAAAGGUUGUAUGCAAACCAUUGCCCAGGGUGAGGCCUUGCUGCAAGAAAUGCGUUCGCUAGAGUAUGCCGAUAACACCGGUUCCGUAUCGGCAUUGGAAGCGGCCUUGGAAAAACUCUCCAAACAAAAGGUAGAACUAGAAGAGUUGUGGUCUGCUCGGAAAUUCCGUGCAGAUUUAAUUUUACGUUUGCGUUACUUUGAACGCGAUGCCAUGGAGUUGUCCUCACAAUUGGAAAUAUGGUCGGAAGAGUUACAGCAUGCCGAUUUGUCAAGAGAUUAUCAAAAAGCCGAACAGUUGAUACGCAUGCACAACGAAUCUGUAAGUGAUAUACAAAAUGCCACCUAUGAAGUAUUGGAACAGGGCCAAGAACUACUGCAAAUGUUUGAGUCGGCUGGUUUCAUUUCAAUGGCAGAUGCCACUCACACGGCCCAGGCACGUAUUGAAUAUCUGCUCAAUUUCUUACGUGAAAGAGAAAUUGAUUUGGAGGAACUAUCCGAGGCGAAGCGAGCCAAAUUGGAACAGGCUGUACAGCUGUGCCAAUUUCAAAAUGAUGCCAAUCAAGUUAUUUCCUGGAUACGGAACGGUGAAGCCAUGUUGGUGGCCAGCUUUGUAACACCCAACAGCCUACAGGAGGCCGAACAGUUACGCAAAGAACACGAGCAAUUCCAGGUGGCCAUUGAAAAGACUCACACGUCUGCGGUGCAGGUGAAAUAUCGAGCCGAUGCUCUCAUCAAUGCCAAUCACUAUGAUCCCCAGUCGAUACGUGAAAUAUCCGAUGAUGUUACCAAAAAAUGGCAGCAGUUGGUAACCUACGCUGAGGAGCGUCACAAACUUGUCACCGCCUCUAUUAAUUUCUACAAAACAGCCGAACAAGUUUGCUCUGUUCUCGACUCGCUGGAACGUGAAUAUCGCCGUGAAGAUGAUUGGUGUGGUGGUGGCGGUUCCAGCGAUAAAGCUCAAACAAUUGUUCAACUCAUCUCAAAACAUCAAGAACAAAAAGAGGCCUUCCUCAAGGCAUGUACCCUGGCUCGUCGGACCGCCGAAACAUUCCUUAAAUAUGCCAAUCGCUCGCAGCAAUACUACGAAUAUCAAUCGCAGGGUAAUUGUGAAAAUCGUGUCAAGACGAUUUUAGAUAAAUUGCUCACGCAGGAAAAUCAAGUUCUCGAAUUUUGGACACAACGCAAAAAGUCGCUCGAUCAGUGUCAACAGUUUGUACUAUUCGAACGCAGUGCCAAACAGGCAAUUGAAUGGAUCCACAACACGGGCGAAGCGUAUCUGUCGUCACGCACCAAUUUGGUGGGUAAGACCCGCGAAGAAACCGAAGGUUUGCUCAAAGAGCAUAAUGAAUUUCGUGGCACAGCCAAAGAGACACGGGAACGUGUUAAACUUCUAAUACAAUUAGCUGAUAGUUUGGUGGAGAAGGGCCAUGCUCAUGCCAGUUCGAUUAAGCAAUGGGUGGCCUCGGUGGAUCAAAGGUACAAGGACUUUAGCAAUCGCAUGGACUCAUAUAGGGAACAAUUAGAAAAAUCUUUGGGUAUGAUUGGUGAAUCCGAUGCCAAUACAUCAAUGAGUUCCGGCAUCGGUUCCAUAACAUCAUCCUCCUCGUCGAACGAUCGUCAUUCAGAUCCUACUUUAGAAGCAAAGCUGACUACCUCAACAACCGUUGCAAAUAAGGAAAUCAACGAAGAGAAACGUAAAUCGGCCCGCCGAAAAGAAUUCAUUAUGGCUGAGCUAAUGCAAACCGAACGGGCCUAUGUCAAAGAUUUAGAUACAUGCAUUAAAUGUUUCCUGGAAGAAUUCCGUUUCGGUCAAGGCGUACCGACCGCCCUUCAUGGCAAAGAGGACAUCAUUUUUGGCAAUAUUCGGGAAAUUUACAAUUUCCACAAUAAGAUUUUCCUGCGGGAAUUGGAAAAAUACGAAACAAUGCCCGAAGAUGUGGGCCAUUGCUUCGUCACAUGGGCCAGUAAAUUCGAUAUGUAUGUACACUAUUGUAAGAAUAAGCCAACAUCGAAUAACCUCCUGGUGCAACAUGCCGGCAAUUUCUUCGAUGAGUUGCAACACAAACACAAAGUUGAGCAUCCCCUGCCGGCGUAUUUGAUCAAGCCGGUGCAAAGAAUUACCAAAUAUCAGCUAUUACUCAAAGAUCUCCUCUCGUGCUGUGAAGAAUCACAUGGUGAAAUUAAAGAGGGUCUUGAGGUGAUGUUAAAUGUGCCCAAGAAGGCAAACGAUGCCAUGCAUCUGUCACUGCUGGAGAACUGUGAUGUUUCCAUCGACAGCUUGGGUGAGGUUGUCUUGCAAGAUGCAUUCCAAGCCUGGGAUACCAAGCAGCUUAUACGUAAGGGUCGCGAUAGACGAGUAUUUCUAUUUGAAAUGUAUUUACUGUUCGCCAAAGAGGUCAAAGAUUCCAACGGGUCGGCUAAAUAUCAAUUUAAGAGUAAAUUAAUGACAACAGAUCUUGGAAUCACUGAACACAUUGAAGGCGAUGAAACGAAAUUUGCCGUUUGGACUGGCCGCUCACCCAUGCUGUCCGAUUGUCGCAUUGUACUUAAAGCAAAUAGUUUAGAAACCAAACAGAUUUGGACCAAAAAACUACGUGAGGUCAUGCAAGAAUCCUGCUUCUCUGGCACAUCACUUACCCUGCCAAAAUCACCAGCCAAGAAUUCUGGUUCAUCACAACGCUCGUCGCGAGAUCUAGAUGAUCCAUUGACUGAAAAUGAUCACGACAGAUGUUCCUUAGCCAGUUUCGGUUCUGGCAAUACAACAGAUAGUGAUAACAAAAUUGGUUCCCAUGAAGCAACCUGGGUAACCGCCGAUUAUAUAGCAACCGCCGGUUCCAAUGAACUCAGUGUUACCAAGGGCCAACAGGUGGAAAUUCUAGAAGCACCCACAGCCCAAGAACCGGAUUUCUGUUUGGUACGUCUCAAUCCACAAUGUGAUGAUGCUGCGGUACAAGAGGGCUUGGUGCCCGUUUCAAUAUUGAAACCACCACCUGGUUCACAUAAAUCGAGCAGCUCCUCCGGCCGUAAGGACAAAAAUGAAAGUAAUAAUCUGCAGGAUCAAACCAACAAUCGAAGUAAACCAGAUCCACUUACAUCAUCCACCAAACGAAGAGGACUUGGGGGGCGUAAAUGGUUGCCACAAAUCGGCCGCAAAGGUCCACAAAAUAAAGUCGAGAAAACACCCGAAAAACUUUUGGUCAAGAAAUCAUCCGAAAAGAACUUCAAGUUACCAGCCAAACAAAUGGACGACUCAUCAUCCAAUACAUCACAACUACUGGCCACAGCCAACACAUCACAACUCAAUACAUCACAACAGGACUUUGAGGCCGAGGAAGAAGUCGGUUUGGAAUUACCGCCACCCAUGAAACCCAUACAGGAACCACAUUUAAUUGCUAAUGGGCCACCGACCUUUAACAAAGACAUGAUGAAGGAUAAUUCUUCGGUAAUGGCCAGUUCCGGCAAAAUGGAUGGUCUAUCGGAGAUCGAACAAAUUGUUAAAGAAAAGACAGAAAGACACGAGGAAAAAUCAAAAAUUCUCAGUGAAUGUAGUAGUAAUAAUCGAAGUGGCAGUGGCAACGGAUGUAGUGGAGCAACAGCCAACAACAGCAGCAGCAACACAGCUAAUGAUUCGGGCGAGGCAAAUGAUGAUUAUGAUUUGUCUGCUUCUAUACAAAAGCAUCGAUUUCCUGCACUAGCCGAACUAUUGGCAACUGAGGAAACGUACAUUAAGGAUUUGGGUGAUAUUGUUAAUGGGUACAUUAAGGAAUUGCGAACUGGUGAUAUACCUUUACCAAAUGACUUAAGAGGACCCAAAGGACAAAUAGUUUUUGCCAAUAUAGAAGCCAUUUAUGAAUGGCACAGAGACUAUUUUCUGAAAGCCUUAAUACAAAGCCAAAAUACCCCCGCUGAGCUGGGCAACAUGAUUAAACGCUAUGAAAACAAAUUCCAAAUGUACAUAACAUAUUGCAACAAUAAACCCAAAUCGGAACACAUUGUUACCGAACAUGUUCAAUAUUUUGAAUUGGUGCGACAGAAGCUGGGCCAUCGUUUGGAGCUAAAUGAUCUGCUCAUCAAACCUGUACAAAGAUUAACUAAAUAUGUUCUGCUAUUGAGCACCAUAACAAAACAAAUUGAAAAUGCUGGCAUGGUUGAAGAUGUGGUCAGCAUGCGGGAAGCUUGUAGUGUAAUGAAUGCCAUUUGCAAAGAUGUUAACGAUAUUAUGGUACUGCGGCGUCUUAAAAAUUUCGAUGGCAAUAUAACGGCCCAGGGCAAAUUACUUUUGCAUGGUCCCUUGACGUGUUUGGAACAGGGUAAAAAUGCCACCGAACGCAAAACCCGUGAACUCUAUGUGUUUCUAUUCGAUCAGGGUAUUUUCUUUACGGAAAGACAUAAUCCUAAGGGACAAUUUUCAAGUCCCACCUAUAUCUAUCGAUCACAUAUACAGCUUAAUAAAAUGCAAUUGGAGGAGUUAACAAACAAUCGUUUCCAAUUGAAAUCCAUUGAUCCAAAUCGACCCAACAUAAAUAUGAUUUGUUAUGGCGCCAGCAUUGAUACACAUCGCGAAUGGUUAGAAACCAUACGUAAACAAUUGCAAUUUCAACAUGAUUUCCUUAAUGCUCUCAUACGGCCAAUUGCCUAUCAGCAGCAACAACAACAGCAGCAGCAACAACAGCAACUGCAAAGACAACACAGUCAACUCAAUAGUGAGCAGCUAUAACCAGCAAUCCACCAUGAUUA